GGGAAGACUAUGGUGUACCACUAGGUCUUACAUUUUCUAGAGUGGCUGUCGAGCCCCACUCUAGAAUGGCAGUGGCUUGAGAAAUUUUUACAGAUGAAGGAGCUAGAUGGCGGGGAGACAGGUGCAGAUAAAAACUCUGCCCUCGCCUUCCUCCUAUCUCUUUGGUCUGCCAAUUGAGCAUAAUUUCGGUUUCUGCCGUCUCGACACCUACAGUAACAUUAGCUCUGCUACAUCUUCCCAAGUGUUGGUGUCUCUGUCGAUACACAGUGCAUCUGAAAGAUGACUAGUAUACGCACGCCGAAUUUAAUUUAUCAUCCAAGCAUCAUUCCAGCCUCGGUGAUCUUCGUAACUACUUGGAUGAUCUUAGUCUUGGUCAUUGAAUACCAAUACCUUGAUGAUACGGAACAACUAGGUACCCUCGUCAUGAUUGAGGAAGAUGAGAAGUUGAUCAAGAAACGGAAACCAUUUCCUUGUCACCUUUCAGGAACAUGCGAGCUGGAGGAUUAUAUACGAGAUGGACGUCAUUCACGACCAGGUCAGAUAGGUGCUUCUAGAACAUCCUGGAAGAUACCAUUACUCUGGAAAAACAACGGGCCAGUAUCCUACACACAAGGGUGUUAUCGACAGGUGCAUAUAUGGUCAGAAGGUCGUAGGAAUGAGCAAAACUACUCCUGUCCAGGUAUUCCUUGUGGUAUUCGAUUGGUGCAUGGUACUAGUUUAAAAACCAUGCAGGAAAGUGAUGCUGUUCUUUUACAUCAUCAGACAAAAUGGGACUGGGAUAUCAUGUAUUUACAUAGACCUCACAAUCAGAAGUGGAUCUUUUAUUCACUUGAAAGUCCUUUAAACACUGGUUCUUGGGUUAUUCCUCCGUUGGAUAGAUAUUAUAAUACAUAUGAUUAUAUCAUGACUUACCGGAAGGAUUUCUCACAGCUCUACGGGACCUACGGAUUAUAUGAUACAAGUGCUCCGAGUGCUGGCGCCAUAGAAGGAAAAAACUGGGCGUUUGGCAAGACAGAUAAAGUUGUUUGGCUAGCCUCUAAUUGUUUUGAUGAACAUUGGAAGCGACACGAUUUCGUAUCAUUGCUUUCACAUCACAUUCUAGUUAAAAUCUACGGUAAAUGUGGAGAUACUUCUGCAUGCACCAAAAUAGCCAAUUCUGAUCUUUGCUCUGAAACUCUGCGAAAGUACAAGUUCUAUCUGGCCCUUGAAAACUCACCUUGUAGAUAUUAUAUCUCAGAAAAACUCUGGAAUAAUGCUUAUCUAAACGACUUGAUACCGAUCGUAUUUGGUCCACCGCGCAAAGAUUAUGAAGCUGUCGCUCCUCCUAAUUCGUUUAUACAUGUCGAGGAUUUCACAUCCAUCAAAGAUCUCGCGCUUUACCUUCACAAACUUGAUCAGAAUGACCAUCUUUAUAACCAAUAUUUUGAGUGGAAAACAGAAGGCUUUGUGGUUGCUACCAAAGAAUCGUGGCUAUUACAACCAAGGCAGAUGUGCCAAAUAGUGGAUCGUCUACUGGUUGAUGAGGAGACAAAAGAAAAUGAGACCUACCAUUCAAUGAAGUCACUAGAUUGGAAAACAUGGUGGAAAGGUUCUUGCAGGGAUGUUGAUCUUCCGAUUGACGCAGGAUGAAGUGAUUCAGAAACAGAAUCCAGUCAACAUGGUCAAGUAGGCCUAUGUUCUUGGUAUGACCAAGUCAAGGAAGGACGAAGAAGAAUAUAAAUUUAAAACGUAUGCAGAUUGAUGAACUUGAGUAUGGUCUUCUUUUUGAGAGACUUGAUGAAUAUUAAGAUGGGGAUGAGAAUGCCUUGGAAGCCGAAGAUCGAUGGGUGGAAGACGCAGCACGAAUACACUGUCAUAAUGCACGCACAUAACCGUGAACAGCUUGUUUACAACAUUACGAUAUCAUAAUAAAAUCAACCUUAUAAAAAUAAUAUAAGGAUGUUCCCCAGUUUGAAAGUAGAAAAGCUGGAAAGUUUAUUGAAACUCAAAACCCUAUUCGGGUAUCAGAGUACAAUGAAAAGUUACAACAUAACAUAUACAUAGAACACUUUACAAUGAUAAUGGCAAUAAAAAGUAAUGGUGAUAAAGAUUAUAAUAGUAAUCAUAAAAACAGUAAUAAGAACAAUAGUGGUGUUCAUUAUAAUAAUAAAAAAUGAUAAUAGCGAUGAUAUGAUAAUAAUAAUGAUAAUAAUAAUUGUAAUUAUAUUAGGUAUUAAUAAUUUUGAUGUAAUAGUUUGAGGAGAAAUCAAAUCAUACAAGUGGGAGAAAUUAAAAUCUUGAACAUCCUGAAAACAAGGUUUUUUUUUUUUUUUCAACCAAAAAUAAUACUAAAUAUAGAGAAAAUGAAUACAUGGAUAAAUUAAAAACAAAAAACAAUAGCAAGAUCGGAAUAUAUCACUUCAUUGAUUUAAAGAAGAUAUAAAAUAAGCACAAAAUUUAGCCAAAUUUGAAAGGACGGACUUUUUCUUGGUAUUUAACAGUUGAUUCGUUUUAUAUGUAUUUGGAUUAAUCCUGUAGUAGCGUUUCAGAUAUUUAUUUCGGUGUUCUUCAAAAGCCGUGCAUUGAAAGAGAUAAUGGGAUUCAUCUCCGAUUUGAUCCUUUUCAAAAUAACUACAAAUCUUUCCUGUCUUGGAAUGUUUUUAUAUCUCCCCGAUACUAUUGGCAUUUUGUGAAUCAAACAACAAAAUUUACUCAUUGAUUUUAUUUCAAAGUCAUUCAAUAUUUCGAAGUAUUUCUCAAAGUGGUUAGAUUGUUUGAAAAUCCGAUAAUUCAAACAGUUUCAAACGUAGUUUCCUUCAGCAAGGAAUUCAUCCACAGUGUGCUGCACUCGACCCAGGUGAGGUAAAUGGGUACCGGCAGGAAGUAAUUCUUCAAAAAGCUGUGUGCAUCUGAAUAGGUAGCCUAUAGCUUAGCCGGGGUAAUAAUAAUAGCAGGGCCCGCUGCGAGAACAGUUUUUUUAACUGAAGUGGUUACCCUGGGUAAAUAUACCGUUAUUAUUUAGAGACUACAACCCCAAGAACUUUCUGAUCUGGAGAUUCUCCCGACUGGAUCCCCUAGCAAACUGGAGACUCCAACUUGAUGUGUGCAAAGCGCAUCACGAGUGCAAAGUACAUUGCGGCCGGGGUCCAGGUCUCGCUAAAAGGGCCCAGGAAGCUCUAGGGUUCCAGAUGCUCUUUCAUGCUAUCUCAGGCUAAUUUUUUCAAUAUAAUAGCACCAGUGGCGAAAUUGAUGAGCCAAAAAUUUUGAGGGGGUUCGAUAUGGUGUAUCGCGUAAAAUAAAUAAAAAUUUGCGAGCGAAGCGUGCGAGCAAAAAAUCGACACUUUUACUUUAAAAAUCCAACUUUGUGAUAUAUUUUGACAUCAUAUAAAAACAAUGAUAUCACAUUUCACCCUUCUCUCUUUCCUUUUCUCUUUUGUUCUUGGUUGUGAUUUUUUUUUUUUUUGGGGGGGGGUGUCGCCUUAGAAUGGUACUUAGUAAUUAACAAUUCAAUGAAUCAAAUUACGCACGUAGGCCAUAAGAGGACCUAAUUAAGGAAGGAUGAUGCUAGCUAGCUAGCUCGCACUCGCUAAAUUUACUAGUACGAGAUCGCGCGGAGAGUUGACGCUCUACUUAUACAUGUCCCGUAUAUACAUCUUUUUCAGGAUAACAAACAUUGCCCAGAAUGUUCAAAUUUUAGGGAAAAAAUACAUAAAUUUUCAACAAAAAAUUGCUCGCGCUUCGCGCUCGCAUUAUAUAAAUAAGGACAAUGAUAUCAUAUAUUUAUGUUGAUUUAUAAGGAUAAAGCUAAAAAGUGACCAUGAGGACUACUCCUUCAAUGAAACAGACAAAAUUAACCUUCGAGCUGCCGAUCGGGGAUUAACAUAUGACUGAAAAUGUUUUCGCCCCCCCCCCUAUUGGCGAAGGCUGGAUCAACCCCUGUUGUCCCCCCUACCUUUCGGGACAGAUUUCCGCCCAUGAUUAGUAGGUAUUCUUUGCAGUGAUGUAAUUUUUUUUACUUGCGCCAAAGUAAGACAUGACGGUAGUGAUUAAUCCAGAUGCUAAUGAUGUCAAAAUCCUUCAUUUAGUAAUGAAAUUAACUUGAGAAGUGAUACUAAAAUGUGUUUAUUAAACAAUUAUAAUGUAACUCCUAAAAAGGUGUUUUGAAAUGGAUUUUAAUGCAACCCUUGUAGGAUUAUGACAUCAUUGACACCCGGAUUCAUUAUUGCAGUCAUGAAUUAAUUUGGCGAAAAUCGAAAUUUACAUCGCGACAAAGAAUACCUCUUGGUCAUCCAAGCGUUAACACAUACCACAUAAAUAUGGUAUCAAAUGAUUUGGGAGAGCAUACUCUUUCAGAGCAUGUAUGAUACUUAUGUGUUCAUGACAUAAUUUCUUUAAAUUGGGGAUUUAUGAGGUGUCACGUUUUUACUCACACUAUAAGUAUGUACUACCAGAAUGAGUGAUUUGACAACUCAUUAAUUUCCCCAGGUAAAUUCUUAUAUGGACAACUGCGUGAGUUCGAUGUAGCUGCAGCACGGUAUUUUUCAGUGUUGCAUUAUAGCAAAUACACCAUGGACCUACGAGAGCAAUAAUUUAUUGGACGGUCAUAAAGUUACAGCCCAGACCUCUCCUUUUUAUACUGUUCUUCCUUUUUUCCAUUUCUCUUCCUCUUUUGUUUCUCCAUUUUCUCCUCCUUUCACUAAGUUAAAUCAUAGUGGUGAGGACGAUCCCUCCAUCCCAUCCCCCUCCCCUGUGACGCCGCACCUCGGUGCACGUAUAUAAUUAUUGUAUCACCCUAAACAAAUUAUGCGUAUUAUGAUUUGAAUGUAAAUCUGAACAUAACAAUUAACGUUCUUUUCUUUUUCCAUUGAAAUAAAUAAAUUCCACUGGAAUUGUAUUUUACUUUAAUUUUUUUCAUGGCAUAAUCAUUCUAAAACAUUUUGUGUUACAGGCUGACCACUGAUGACUUUUGUAAACUACUGAAAUCCUUGCUUCUGAUUGGCUCAGAACAAAUAUGGCAGUCAGUAAAAACCACCCCCUAUUUGCUUUAUGAAACCCUCAAAUAAAAUUGCAUGUUUCAAUAUACCGUCCUGCAUUUCGAAUAAAAUUAAGUUGAAAUGAACUCUGCAGUAAAAUUAAAAUUGGAUGGAAGUCA